ACGUGCUUCCAGAUACCUCCACCUCCAAGUUCUACCAAUAGUAAAUUUAAUCAAACCCCUUAAGAUCUAACAAGACUGCAUCCAAUGUUUGACUUUCCUGAUUAAAACUAAAUCGGACGGUGAUUAACUCUUAAUCACCCACAUUCACAUUUCUUAAGGUAGACUCUGGUGCAGAGGAUCAAACCUAGCAACUGUUCCACUACCUUCUUUAGUGCUUUGACAGAUUGGCAAACUAUCACACUCAGGUCACUCACCAUUUUACUCAUUUUCCAAACUUUUUUUUUUUUUAAUAUUUUGUACUGAAUAUUUAUAAUAAUUCCUCUGUUUUAACUCUGUUUAGAAAUUUGAGCUCUUUAAUUUUCUCUAAAAAUUUAAUUUAAAAACUGUGUAUGUUUAUGUAAAGAAACAAACAAACUGGGUUAGUUGGUUCUGAUAAUAAAUGUUUAUGUAAGUAUAUCAGCUUUAGUUGGUUGGCACAUUUACUCCUCAGCUAUCACAGUUUCUUGACAGAAUUUUGAUCAAAAAAUAUUCUGGGAAAUUUUUGAAGCAAUUCCCAAAUAAACAAAUUACAAGAUUUUUAUUCUUGAAGGGGACAUUUUUAUUCCUUUUUUCACAAUUUUGUUCUGGUUUUGCUCAGUUUUCCUCUGUUUUUUUUUUGCCAAUUUUAUGGCUGUUUGAGUUGAACCCACAAAUUUUUAGAAAAACAGAAAACUACCCAGAGAUUGAAGAUGAAUAAGAAUUUCAAGUUCUGGGUUUGUUUCAGUUUAUGUUAUAUCGCUUCGAUUCUUGUUGGAUUCGUCUCGAUAUCAGAAGCACAGGUAAAUCCUGCAGAAGCAAGAAUCCUUCUUCAACUUCAAAAGUAUCUAGAAUACCCAGAAUCUCUGAAAUCAUGGCAACAAUGGACUGAUUUUUGCUACCAGCCACCUUCACCUUCUGUUAUAGUAGUAUGUUCAAAUGGGCAUAUAACAGAAUUAACUGUCAUUGGGAACAGAACUUCACCUUCACAAACCUCAAACCCUUUAUCAGGUGGCAAAUUUGCUGUUUCUCAGCAAACUUUGUCAGAGAAAUUUUCACUUGAUUCAUUGUUCACUGUUAUCACAAAACUCACUGCAUUGAAAAAACUUUCCUUAGUUUCACUGGGUAUUUGGGGAAAUUUACCAGCAAAGAUCAGCAGGUUUCACACACUUGAAGUUCUCAAUGUAAGCGCGAAUUUCAUCUAUGGCGAAAUCCCAUCACAAAUAUCCUCCAUGAAAAGCUUAAGAAGCAUUGUGUUGUCUGAUAAUUUGUUGAGUGGAAAUGUCCCUGAUUUAAGUAGCUUACAAGUUCUUCAAGAACUCGACUUGAGCAACAACAAAUUAGGACCAGAUUUCCCUUCAUUAGGAAGCAAUGUAGUGAGCAUAAUAUUGAGAAACAACUCUUUAAGGUCUCAAAUUCCUUCCGACAUCAAAACCUUUAAUCAGCUUCAAAGAUUUGAUGCAUCCUCAAACAAUCUUAUCGGGCCGGUACCGGGUUCCAUGUUAUCUCUUCCUGCUCUAUGGUACCUUAACUUGGCAGAAAACCAGCUUACUGGUGAGCUCCCUAAGAGCACCACCUGUGGGAAGAGACUAUGGUUUGUUGAUAUUUCUCGAAACCUGUUGGUUGGGCAGCUUCCAAGCUGUGUUGGGUCAGAAUCUGGGAAGUAUAGGAAGGUGUUGAGUGUGUGGAAUUGUCUUUCUGGUUCGAGGUUUCAGCACCCAGCUAAAUUCUGUCAGAGGCAAGCUCUUGCUGUGAUCCCACCUCCUAAGAAGAAGAACAGUGUACAUGAUCAGGAAAAUUCUGGGAUUAAAUUUGGGUUGAUAUUUGGUAUUAUUGGUGGGACUCUUCUGUUAGCUGGUACUGUUGUUUCUUUGAUCUGGUUGAUCUACAAAACGAAAUCAAGAGAUGCUGAGUACUUAAACAAGUAUGAUAAGUCAACUCGCCCCUCUCCCGUUGUUGAUUCAAAGUAUGGGCCGAAAUCGAUGAGGAUGCCAACCCUUGGUCUUCCAUCCUACCAGUCAUUUACUUUACAAGAACUGGAAGAAGCAACAAACAACUUUGACAGUGUAAACUUGGUUGCAGAAGGGUCUCAGGGACAGAUUUAUAGAGGUUUGCUUCAAGGCGGCUCAGCAAUUUUGGUCAGAUGUAUAAAAGUGAAAGAGAAGCAUUCAUCCAAGGCUUUGAAACAGCAGUUAGAAGUAAUAUCACAGUUAAGACAUCAAAAUCUGGUCUGCGUUCUAGGACACUGUGUAGUUACAUAUAAGGAACGUCAUCAGGGUAGCACGAUCUUUGUUGUUUUCGAGCAUGUAACAAAUGGUUCGUUGAGAGAACAUUUGACAGAUUGGAGAAGAAAAGAUCGUCUAAAGUGGCCUCAGAGAAUGACAAUCUCAAUGGGAAUUGCAAGAGGAGUUCACUUCCUGCACACAGGAAUUGUACCAGGAGUAUUUGGAAAUGAAUUGAGUAUUAAGAAUAUCUUGUUGGAUGAAAGCCUCACUCCAAAAGUCAGCAACUAUAGGAUUCCCUUGCCUUACAAGGUAGACACCCCAAAUGGCCAACAUGCUGCAAACCCGGAUAAGGAUGACGUUUACCAAGUUGGUGUGAUCCUGCUUGAGUUACUAACUGGUAGACAGAUAACAUCAGAAACCCAAGUCAAUGAGUUAAAGCAAGAGCUGGAAAGGAGUUUAGCAGAAUCAGCAUCAGCACUUCAGCAUGCGAUUGACCUGUCAAUGAGGGGUACAUAUGCAUAUCAGUCAAUCAAAACAGCUGUUGAACUCGCUAUCAACUGCCUGUGCAACGAUCCAAGCAGACGGCCUCCAAUGGAAGAUGUUGUAUGGCAUUUGCAGUACUCGAUUCAGGCACAACAAACAUGGACCAGCAGUGGAAAUCUUGCUCUUAAUAGCGGAAAUCUUGGGUUGCAUAAGUGAUGUAUGCCUAAGUCCGUAAAUAUGAGUUAAUUUCAACUUCACAAAUCUCUGUAUUCUGUAAUAUAGUAGUAGCCUUGUUCAAAAAAAGUUAAUACUCCUAUUACCUAUUAGCUAUUGGUACUUGUAAGUCGUAAUAAAAUGGGAAUCCUGAAAAUUUGCAAAUAAUAUAGCAAUCUAUUUAAUUAA